GCUGAAGAGCACCGGAAACUGGAGCAGUUGAGUAGUCCGGAAGUGGAGUUUUGACAGGUCAGUUCGGCUCGCAGUGGAAUUUGAAUCUCUGCUCGUCAAAGCCUUUAACAUGUCGGCCAGGAACCCUGGGACGAAGUUCGACCUGGAGUUGAUAUCGAAAGUGAGAGUUAACACACAGGCUGUCCUGAAGAGAGCUCAGCACAUCCAAGGACAGAAGAUCCCCAAGAAACAGUGGCAGGCUGCUUGGCUGCUGAAGGCUGUCACAUGCAUUGACCUGACAACUCUGGCUGGAGACGAUACACCGUCCAACGUCCAUCGGCUGUGUAUGAAAGCCAUCCAGCCUAUCCGAUACGACCUGCUCAAGAAGAUUGAUAUGCACAACAAAGGAAUUACUACAGCAGCAGUGUGUGUGUAUCCAUCCCGUGUGGCUGAUGCCGUCACAUCGCUAAAAGCAGCCAAUUCUAGCCUUCCUGUUGCCUCAGUGGCCACUGGUUUCCCAGCAGGCCAGACACCUCUGAAGACCCGCCUAGAGGAAGUGCGCAUGGCAGUGGCUGACGGCGCCACUGAGAUUGACAUCGUCAUCAACCGGACGCUGGCCCUCACAGGACAGUGGGAAGCUAUGUAUGAUGAGAUUUGCAGUUUUCGGGAGGCCUGUGGUGACGCCCACAUGAAGACCAUCCUGGCUAUUGGAGAGCUGGGCACCUUCACCAAUGUCUACAAAGCCAGCCUGGUUGCCAUGAUGGCUGGUUCCGACUUCAUCAAGACCUCCACUGGAAAGGAGGCUGUCAAUGCUACUUACUCUGUUGCCAUAGUGAUGGUGAGGGCCAUCCGUGACUACUUCUUGCGUACGGGCCACAAGGUGGGCUUUAAGCCAGCAGGAGGGAUCCGGACAGCUCAGGAGUCUCUGCUGUGGCUCACUCUGAUCAAAGAAGAGCUAGGCAACGACUGGCUCUGCCCCCUCCUCUUCCGCCUGGGAGCCAGCAGCCUGUUGGCUGACAUCGAGAGGCAGAUCUACCAUCACGUUACUGGGCAGUAUGCAGCCUAUCAUGAGCUGCCUAUGGCCUGAAGCUUUGGACAUCCGGUUUUAAUGACCAAUCAGAACCUCAGAGUCACCACACAAGCCUCAUCCAUUCUUUCAACUACACUCAUGCUCAGUGCAUUGACUUAAGACUGGGACCAAUUUCUUAUUUAUCUGUAGUAACUAAUGUGCCCAUACAGACCCUGUACUUGUGAAACGGGUAUGAACAGGGCAAUAAAUUUGUCGCAGUAUUACUUUACAGAUAAAAUAAACCAGUAUAUCAUGUAUGUCAGUCAGUGUAAUGGAUGAAUUAAACUGAAUGUGUUUCAUGUGAGGCAGGAAGAACUAGUAACUUCGAGUUAAGAAAAUAAAGAGCAAAUAAGAUGAUAUCAAUUUGGUUUUGUCUUUCAUAUCAUGAAAGUCUUAGAUUUAAACUAUGGUCCUUGCUGAGUAUGUACCAUUAGUAUUAAGUCAUUUUUGGACUUGACUGUUAUUCUCCUCUGGUUGUGGACUCAGUAGUCCCAACAAAUUUGUCCACAUCAUCUCACUGCAGGCUUUAACAUGGCUCAUCCUUCUUGUCCACUUAAUUUGUAAUUGGUAAAAUACCUUAUGACCUUAAUAAAACUAUUAGUAGGCACAUAUGUGCUAUACAUUAAAUAUUUAAA